AUGCGUGUUAAUGUUCCCUUGACGGACAGGACCUCCCUUAAGGCCUGCGUGGGUUACGGAGUCUCUCAGGGCAUUUACUACAUCACAUUUGCCGUGUGCUUCUUGUACGGCGCCGAUCUGUUGGAAGACGAUGAGCUGGAGUACUACGAUGUGUUCAAAGUGUUCUCCUGUGUGAUCCUGGCCUCCAUGCAGCUGGGCCGGGCCGUCGCCUUCGCGCCAGACGCCAACAAAGCCAGGAAGGCUGCCAGUCGUAUCUUUGGCCUGGCAGGAUUUGUCCCGUCCAUUGACCCUUACGACGAUGGGGGUCUCAAACCUGCGGAGGGAUCCUUCAAAAGUGUUGUGAAGUUCAGCGGUACCCAGUUCCGCUACCCCAUGAGGCCUGAGGUCAGCAUCUUAAACGGCCUUGAACUCAGUGUUGAGCCCGGUGAGACCUUGGCCUUGGUAGGAGAGAGUGGCUGCGGGAAAAGUACGACAAUCCAGCUGUUGGAGAGAUUCUAUGACCCUGAAGCGGGGGGCGUGUUCCUGGACAAGUAUAACAUCAAGGACCUGAAUGUCCAGUGGCUGCGGAAACAGAUCGGUCUGGUGUCCCAGGAGCCCACACUGUUUGACGCCACGAUAGCCGAGAACAUCGCCUACGGUGACAACUUCCGGAAAGUCACAAUGGACGAGAUCAUCAAAGCUGCACGGUCGGCCAACAUUCACAACUUCAUACAGUCUCUGCCCAAGUGGGUACUUAUUGACAUGGGUGGCACCAUCGCGCUACACUCCACGCCCCAGCACCUUGUUGAGGGCACACCAUUAAGUACGGUGUACUGUGACGUGCAGGGGACUUAG